AUGCCUUCUCCUUUGUCCAACCAACAACGGUUACCACACCAGAAACAGCACUCCUUAUACUUAUCACCGCAUCCAGCCGCGACACAGACCGUCCACAGCGUCCUAGUACCACCUCCCACCAACAUUGAUUAUUCCACUCCUUCGUCCGCGUCGUCCGCAACCACCAGCUUCCAGCAAAACUGGCCACCCGAUGGUAAUACCAUCCAGCGCCCCGAAGACAUAGAGAUGGACUCGAUUGCACCAGCAGGCCACCGGCGGCGGCGGAGCACCCUCACGGCCGGUGGCAGCGGGCCGCCCGCCAACCCCAACGCGAACAGGACUCCACGGCCGAGGGCGCAAAGCAUGCGGAGCACAGGCGAGCCAGGGGAUGCCAAGAUCUCCGAAGAGGAUCACAGCGCCCACGUGUCCAGAGCUGAAGAAUUGGAGGACGACGAUGACAGCAACUUCACCGACGAAGAUCUUCACGAUGACGAAGAGACGGGCUUGACCAAGAAAGACAGGCGGCGGAAGCGGGCCAAGAGACGACGCAACACCAGAUUGGACAACCGGAUAGCACGCGACAAGCUUACCGUAGAGGAACGAAAACAGGCAGAUCAGAAUAUGGCCAGGAAGCUGGCUAUCAAUGCCAUAUUGAUAGGGCUUUGGUAUCUGUUUUCUCUGUCCAUCUCGCUGUACAACAAGUGGAUGUUCGAUUCCGCCAGGCUCAAUUUCGCUUUUCCUCUUUUCACGACGUCGAUGCACAUGCUCGUACAAUUUGCGUUGGCGAGUCUAGUACUAUAUGCCAUACCUUCUCUACGACCAAACGGCAACUCAUAUAACUCCGACCAGGGUCGGUCCAGACAUGAUGCUGAGCCAGAACAGCCGUAUAUGACCAAGAUGUUCUACCUCACGAGGAUAGGUCCUUGUGGUGCAGCUACGGGCUUGGACAUCGGGCUGGGAAACACGUCCUUGAAGUUCAUAACCCUCACAUUUUACACAAUGUGCAAAUCGUCCUCGCUUGCCUUUGUCCUCCUAUUCGCCUUCGUUUUCCGUCUCGAAAGUCCAACUUGGAAGCUCGUCGCCAUCAUUGCAACGAUGACUAUGGGUGUGGUCAUGAUGGUUGCCGGUGAAGUUGAGUUCCAACUCGGUGGCUUUAUCCUCGUCAUCUCUGCCGCCUUCUUUUCUGGUUUCCGCUGGGGCCUUACCCAAAUUCUACUUCUACGGAAUCCAGCCACGUCCAACCCUUUCUCCAGCAUUUUCUUCCUGGCGCCCGUCAUGUUUCUCACUCUGAUUAUGAUUGCCAUCCCCGUCGAGGGCUUCUUCCAACUACUCGAAGGCCUGCGCAAACUGAGUGAGGAAUGGGGCGCGGUUCGAGCACCCCUGAUCCUCCUAUUUCCCGGCACGAUUGCCUUCCUCAUGACGGCCUCCGAGUUCGCUCUGCUGCAGCGCACCAGUGUCGUGACUCUGUCCAUCGCUGGCAUCUUUAAAGAAGUCGUUACCAUCUCCGCCGCGGCACUCGUCUUCGACGAUAGACUGACCCCCAUUAACAUCUCCGGUCUCGUCAUUACCAUCGCCGCCAUCGGCGCAUAUAACUGGAUCAAAUUAUCUACCAUGCGAAACGAGGCCCAGCUCAAUGUUCACGGCAAGAGCUACCAGCAGGCGCAGUCGGGCUCGUCGAGCGAGGGCAGCGAUGGCGAGGAGGAAAGCGGGUUCCUAACGCAUGACGACGAUAUGGCUGUCGAGAAUAACUUGUUUACCAUCGACGGGGAUGUCAUCCCAAGUAGACCGCCCGGCUCCUCCACUAGCGAGGAGUCGAAACUCUUGAAAACUAAUCGUUCGGAUUGA